AUGGGUUGCUCGUUUUCGGGACUGAAUGCCCUUUAUGACGCCGUUAACGGUGGGGGGGACGUUUGGAUCAAUGAGAACCGGUUCAGGGUCUUGAGGCAGCUGGGAGAGGGUGGAUUUGCAUAUGUUUUCCUUGUCAAGGAGGUUAUAUCUGAUCCAUCCAGCCCUGGAAUUUCUAAGAAAAUCAAGGACUCUUCUCACGUCUCUGCUGAUGGAACAUAUGCAAUGAAGAAAGUUCUUAUUCAAAACAGUGAACAAUUGGAAUUGGUGAGAGAGGAGAUUCAAAUUUCUUCUCAGUUUAGCCACCCCAAUCUGCUUCCUCUUCUUGAUCAUGCAAUCAUUGCUGUUAAGGCAUCACAAGAUCAAUCUUGGAAGCAUGAAGCAUAUUUGUUGUUUCCUGUGCAUUUGGAUGGAACAUUAUUUGACAUUGCGAAUGCUAUGAAAGCUAAGAAGGAGUUCUUUUCUACCUCAGAUGUGCUUCAAAUAUUUCGUCAGCUUUGUGCAGGACUUGAGCAUAUGCACAGUUUUGAGACUCCAUUUGCUCACAAUGAUGUCAAACCUGGUAAUGUGCUCGUGACAUACAGAAAAGGACUGUCACCUUUGUCAAUAUUGAUGGACUUUGGAAGUUCUCGUCCUGCGAGAAAGCAGAUUCGGUCGCGUACAGAAGCAUUACAGUUGCAGGAAUGGGCUUCUGAGCACUGUUCGGCACCUUUCCGAGCUCCUGAAUUAUGGGAUUGCCCAAGCCAUGCAGAUAUUGAUGAGAGAACUGAUAUCUGGUCACUAGGCUGCACAUUGUUUGCAAUCAUGUAUGGUGUAUCUCCAUUUGAAUAUGCACUCGGGGAAUCUGGUGGGAGCCUGCAGUUAGCCAUAGUAAACGCCCAGAUAAAGUGGCCAAAUGGCCCUAAUCCUCCAUAUCCAGACGCACUCCACCAGUUUGUGACGUGGAUGCUGCAGCCUCAAGCAACAGUUCGACCUUGCAUCGAUGAUAUUAUAAUUCAUGUUGAUAAGCUGAUAACAAAAUUUUCCAAACACAGAGCAACUGAGCAAGCGAGCUCUAGUUCUGCUCUAAGUGGACCCUGUCAUGUUUUUGGACUAUGCUGGGCUUUGUAA